CUCCGCCCGCCUCCUGCCCCCAAAGCGGGCAAGAGGUCGCCCGGGCCCUCGCCCGCACUGGAGCUGCUCUGCUCCUCAGACGCUCCUCCCCGGGCCGGGAAAGGGCCGGUGAGGCGGCCGUUUCCGCCGAAAGGCUGCAAAUGGUGGCUGGGGGGAGCUGAAGAGGGAGCGGAAGCCAAGCCGCGCUCGCCCAGCUGCCUUGCUCGGCGCCCCUCAGGGUGUGAGGCCGCCAUGAGAUUGCUGCGGGCGCUCCUGAGAAGCGUCUCCCCGGCCGCCACCAUCCCUCAGCAGGUGGAUUUCUACUGCCGCUUCUCCCCGUCCCCGCUUUCCAUGAAGCAGUUCCUCGAUUUCGGAUCUGACAGUGCUUGUGAGAAAACAUCUUUUAUGUUUCUGCGACAAGAGUUGCCUGUAAGACUGGCAAACAUAAUGAAAGAAAUAAGUCUGCUUCCAGACAACCUUCUUAAAACACCUUCAGUUCAGCUUGUUCAGAGUUGGUAUGUCCAAAGUCUUCAAGAGAUCCUUGAUUUUAAAGACAAAAAUGCUGAAGAUAGAGAAGCUAUUUCUCGGUUUACAGACACUGUGAUAACAAUCCGGAACCGUCACAACGAUGUCAUUCCUACCAUGGCUCAGGGCGUGAUAGAAUACAAGGACAACUAUGGGGUUGAUCCGGUGACCAGUCAGAAUGUGCAGUAUUUUUUAGACCGCUUCUUCAUGAGUCGGAUUUCAAUCCGAAUGUUGCUUAAUCAGCACACUUUGCUGUUUGGAGGAAAAGUUGAAGUUAACCCAGCACAUCCCAAACACAUUGGAAGUAUCGACCCUAAAUGCAGUGUUGUUGAAGUUAUAAAAGAUGGUUAUGAAAAUGCAAAGAGCCUCUGUGACUUAUAUUACAUGAGUUCUCCAGAACUUGUACUUGAUGAACAGAAUGUAAAGUCACCAGGGCAGCCUAUGCAAGUAGUGUAUGUGCCAUCACAUCUCUACUACAUGGUUUUCGAACUUUUCAAGAAUGCAAUGAGGGCUACCAUGGAACAUCAUGCAGAUCGAGGAAUUUACCCUCCAGUUCAUGUCCAAGUCACCUUAGGCACUGAAGAUUUAACUGUAAAGAUGUGCGAUCGUGGUGGUGGUGUUCCUUUGAGGAAAAUAGACCGACUGUUUAACUAUAUGUAUUCAACUGCACCUCGUCCCCGUGUUGAGACAUCACGAGCAACACCUCUGGCUGGAUUUGGUUAUGGUUUACCUAUAUCACGUCUCUAUGCUCAGUACUUCCAAGGAGAUCUGAAGCUCUAUUCUCUAGAAGGUUAUGGUACAGAUGCUGUUAUCUUUAUAAAGGCUUUAUCAACUGAGUCUAUUGAAAAAUUGCCCGUAUAUAACAAAUCUGCUUGGAAACAUUACACGGCCAAUCACGAAGCGGAUGACUGGUGUGUCCCAAGUAGUGAACCAAAGGACAUGACAACUUUCCGCAGCACAUAGCAGCAGGAGCCCAGGCGUGCUGAGCCAAAGAGGGUCCUGGCUCAUAUGGUCAGCCUAUGUAAUACCACUAUAACUUGUUUUAUGGGGAAGGAUGCAUCUUUGCUCACCUGGAGUCUGAAAACCAUAUCUUUGCCUAGAAUAUUCUACAAUGUUCAUUUCUAAGAAGUGAUGUUUUUCCAUCUUUGCAUCUUAAAUUACUUCAGGAAAUGCACCUUAGAUUACUUGAGCAAAGUCUAAAUGAUAAAAGACAACAGUGUGUUCAAAUAUUGUUCUGUUUAACUAUCAGGCAUUCCAAUGAACAAUUCAUGGGAUGUAUUAUUACUUUAUACACCUCCUCUGGGAUCAGUUGCACUAGCACAGCAUUUUGCUCUCAAGGACUCAAGAAGUGCAUUACAGUGUGAGAGAAACUAUAUGGGAUUAUCUUGGUGGGUUUUUUUGUUGUUAUUAAAUAUUAUGUGAAAUAAUUCAUUUUUUGCUCUUAAUGUAAACAACUCUUUAGCUUUAUAUUUACAGGUGAUACGGCUAGACAUAGAAGUGCUUGAGUCUCAUUCAUUUUAUUUUGAAAAUCGAACUCCUAUUUCAGUCUUUGUCACUAAAAUAAAUGAUACUCAAAAGCACCUAAGUUGGCUUGUCCAGGUGUAGUGUUUUCCCAACUGGAGAGAGCAAAGCAGAUCUUUGAAGAGUGUCCUCAGCCAUGUCCUCAGAAAAGAGUCCACCUGAGUUACCACCAGGUUAAGCAGAUAAAAGAUUGCAGGCUUAUUUUCCCUGAGAUAUUAGUAGAAUUUAAAAGUGUAUAAUUUGGGCUGAAUUUUCCAUUCACAUUCAGGGAACUUGGUAAUGUUAAUAGGACCCUUCCUAGUGGAAUGCCACUCAUACACAAGUGUUGCCAAAUACAAGUUGAUAAAAGAGUUUGAUCAUGAUGUGCAAGAGUUUUUUUUUUUUUUUUUUUUGACAUACAGUUGCAAAGAAUUAGUUUCUUUGGACAUCUAUUGUAAUAUUCCCAUAGAACAGUGAGAUACGCUUGCUUUCUAAGAAAACAAACUGGAAUAUUACACCCUAUCACAUUUAUGGCAUAUUUUAAUUAUUCCAUUUCUGCGUUUCGCUUUCUGCCGUGCAGAUCUGACUAAUGACCUAGGUUAAAAACAGAUUUCAUUGCACUGAAAUCAGUUGACUCCUGGUAUCAUUGCUAAUCUUUAUUAUUGUCCUGGUAACUUAAUGUGAUAUGUCUACUCAAAAAUAAAAUGCCAUUACAUGAGUAAAGGAUAUCGUGUGAAACUGCAGUCCUAAAUACAUUACACCGUAAGUCCCCUUGAAUAUUAUUGGACUUAGUAGGGGUGCACACAGAGAAGAAGAUUAGCUUCAGUCCCUCAGCUGAUGCUUGGGAAAACAUCUUAGCACCUUGGGUGAUUUGAAGCCACACACCGUGGCAGAUUGUAUUCUAUUUCCCAUCUUCAUUUGAAGCCAAAAGAUGGCCAGAACAUUUUUGUCUGACAGACUGAGAUGAAAAUUUCAGAAAUGGUAAGGCCAUAUAGGGAGAUGACAUAUAGCGAAUUUCAGACAAAUCGGUGCUGAAUGGGUUAUGUGCAGAAUGAAACAAAAUGUUUCGAAAUUAAAACACAAAAUCCCCAUUUGAAAAAUGCCCGUUACAGCCUUGGGUUUCUCUUGUCAGGAAGGCUGCUGUUGAGGCACUAGUUUGCAGUCGUCGCACCACUUCAGUUAGGGACAGGAGACAUUUCCCAUCUUCCAUCAGGAAUCUUGAUGAAGGAACAAAAGGGCAAUUUUCUUCUUUCAAGGCACUGGCAAAUGCUGAGAAUUGUAUGUGCAGAGCCUUUUAAAACCCAUGUGGCCAGAAACAAAUCUCAAAUGAUAGAGUCUCAGAAAAUAGCCAGUUUUAUUAAAAUGUACUGUACAUCACAAAAAAUAAUUACUGGUCAGAAGAUGACCAGUGGGAAUCCCCUUCCCCAGCAAAACCAGCCCUGGCUUAUAAAAACUAGUAUUACAGAUAACUGAUAAGGACAAUUGAAAUAAUAAAAGAGCGCAAAAAAAGACAAAAAAAA